CCGCAGCCGAGGCGCAGCUCGGGCGCCGGUGGAGCGUGCUGUCGCCGGCCAUGAAGUCCGUCUUCGUUACCGUGGGCACUACCAGCUUCGAUGAGCUUAUCGCGGCCGUUUCCUCCCCUGCGGCCGAACAGGUGCUGCGGAGCCGCGGCUGCCGGCAGCUGGUGCUGCAGAUCGGGCGGGGCGCGCUGCAGCCCGCCCCUCAGCACGGCCCGGCCUUCGUGCGGGAGGUGUUCCGCUUCAAGGAGUCGCUGGCUGAGGACCUGCGGAGCGCCGACCUGGUCAUAAGCCACGCAGGUGCAGGUAGCUGUUUGGAGACUCUGGAGGAAGGAAAGCCGCUGCUUGUGGUGAUAAAUGAGAAGCUGAUGGACAAUCAUCAGCUGGAGCUGGCACGUCAGCUCCACAAAGAUGGACAUGUCCUCUAUUGUAACUGCAGCACACUCGUGGAGACACUGCAAUCAAUGGACUUGGCAACUUUGAAACCUUUUCUUCCUGGACAACCAGAAAAGUUUGCUUUGUUUUUGGAUAAAGUUGCUGGAUUUGAAUAAACAAUUUUGAAGAAUAAAAAGGCGAUAAUAAAAUCAUUCUCAUCUCUUAGUGAGACCUUCCAUGCUUAAAGAUUCCACCAGCUGGGACAAAAAAAAGAAAAUGCCUGUUCAUAUCAACUGAUGGUUUCCAGUUCAGUUUCAGUUCAAAGUAAUCUAUAUUUAUGCUUAAAAGAGCACAGUGCCAAAAAGGAGGGGAGAGUAUGAACUCCAAGUUGACUGACCUGGUAGAAGGAGAAGCAUAUUUGAACUUCUGGAUUAGUUUAUUUAUUUGCUAUAAACACAUCUGUUCUAGAGGAGUUGCUGGUCAGGCAUUAAGAGAUGUCCUAGAAGAAAUGAAGAGUGAAAUACCUGACCUAAGAAGUUUGCACCAAUGAAAAAUGUGAAAUAACGUUUCAUUCAGCUGGAGCCCUGUGAAUGUAGAUCCUGAUGAUCCAAGUGAUGAAUACUGGACAGAACAUCUAGCAUCCAGUCUCAUUUGCUUUUGCUACUGUUAAAGCUAAAGCUAGAUCAGAGCAUGUUUUAGAGAAAGGAAUCAUCCUUUGCUUCUUCCUUUUGCAAGUUUGAUGUAUUGUUUUCGUUGUUUGCCUUGAAAGGGUAAUUCACAACUUAGAAUUCUGCUGCAGAAGGAUCAGCUUUUGUAAAAUCUUCCUGCAAGCAAUUCUGUACAUAGCAGUAGUGUUACCAGGGCUUUCAGUUUCACUCUAAGGACAGUAAUCUUGGACAAAUGUUAACAUUUAUAUAGACAGACAGCACUAGGUAUUUGUGAGUGGUUGGGUUUGAUCUUCUCCCUGUUUAGUUGGGUUACUUUGCAACAAGUAUGUGAAAGAAACAAUACAGAAGUUUAUUUUGCAGGAUAAAGGGGCGUUUUUUUUAUAACCACGAUGUUUUUAAUAAAUAGUGUAUGCAACAGAAUGUGUACAUCUUCUGUGACUAGUUCACAAACUUUUCUGGGCAAAUAAUGUAUUUCUGUGAGAAUAACUCACUAAAAAAGCAUACAAAACUAAUUCAUAAAUACAACUUAUUCUCGAUUUUA